UUUUUAUUUAUUUUUAAUUUUAGGCAUGACUGGUACAGAAAAGGAAAACUUUGGGUUUCAGCUUUAUGAAGAAAAGGGACUAAAGCAGGAAUGUGGAAACGGUGAUCUAAGGUAUAAUAAUAAUAACGUAAUUGCAAAUGGAAGUGCAACACAAAAUGUGGCCAAGCAGAUGUCAGAUGAAUCAAAUACAAGUUCAGAGAAAUUUUGGAAACAGGAAGAACAGCGAUCUUUAGAACUUGCUUUGCAGAAGUUUCCUAAAGAUACACCAGCUCGAUGGGACAAAAUAGCUGACUUUGUGUCUACUAAAACCAAGGAGGAAUGUGUAGAACGCUACAAAAUUUUAGUGCAACAAAUUAAGAAGAAGAAGGACAAAUGUGUUUGACAUAUGUUAAUUCACAAAUGGAGCUUUCUGAAAGGAAUUAAAGAAGUUCAUUGCUGUUCUAUGUAUAUACUUACUGUUUAAAUGUAAGAUAUUUUAAGUCAUGUAAAAAAUGUUAAUGUUUUCAAUAAAGCAAUUAAUGUGCAUUUAUACACAA